GGGCGGCGACGAGAGGGUUAACCGUCCCGGGGAGCCGGGCCGAGGGGCGGGGCCUGAGGCCGGCGCGGCCUGGGGGCGGAGCUGGGGGCGGAAGCGGCCGGCGCGCCCCGGCUCCUCUCGCCCCGGCCCUUCCUGAGACUCGGCGACGUCCUGGGCCGCGAAGCCACGAGAGGUUCCGGGGCGGUAGCCCGGGAUCGGGUCGGGCCAACGGGACGGCUCAUGGUGAGGCUCGAAGGGGCGACCCAGCACGGACGUGGUGAAGGCAGGGUGACAGGGCAGCGGCGAGGGAGGAGCAGCAGGCCGGCCAGUCCCGAACCGCAGCUCAGCCUUCCAAAGAGAGACUCCCCUACAGGACCGUGAGAGAGCCCCCCAAUUCCUCACCUCCAUGGGCCAGACGGCCCUGGCAGGGGGCAGCAGCAGCACCCCUGCCCCUCAAGCCCUGUACCCCGACCUCUCUUGUCCCGAGGGCUUGGAGGAGCUACUGUCCGCUCCUCCUCCUGACCUGGGGGUCCAACGGCGCCACGGCUGGAACCCUAAGGACUGCUCUGAGAACAUCGUGGUCAAGGAAGGGGGGUUGUGCUUUGAGCGGCGGCCCGUGGCCCAGAGCACUGACGGGGCCCGGGGUAAGAGGGGCUACUCGAGGGGCCUACAUGCAUGGGAGAUCAGCUGGCCCCCGGAGCAGAGGGGCACCCACGCCGUGGUGGGCGUGGCCACGGCCCUUGCCCCGCUGCAGGCCGACCACUAUGCGGCGCUGCUGGGCAGCAACAGCGAGUCAUGGGGCUGGGACAUCGGGCGAGGGAAGCUGUACCAUCAGAGCAAGGGGCCCGGGGCCCCCCAGUAUCCCGCCGGACUUCAGGGUGAGCAGCUGGAGGUGCCAGAGAGGCUGCUGGUGGUUCUGGACAUGGAGAAGGGGACUCUGGGCUACGCUAUUGGGGGCACCUACCUGGGGCCAGCCUUCCAAGGACUGAAGGGCAGGACCCUGUAUCCGGCAGUAAGCGCCGUCUGGGGCCAGUGCCAGGUCCGCAUCCGCUACCUGGGCGAAAGGAGAGCGGAGCCACACUCCCUUCUGCACCUGAGCCGCCUGUGUGUGCGCCACACCCUGGGGCAUGGCCGGCUCGGCCACGUAUCUGCUCUGCCCUUGCCCCCUGCCAUGAAGCGCUACCUGCUCUACCAGUGACCCCUGACGACCAGACUGAAGGAGCCUUGCCACCACCCCUGCCCCCCCCCCCCGGGGGGGGGGGGUCAGCAGGCACCACAGGCCUAGAGCUGCUUCCAGCCAGUGUGGCCGGGGGAGGGGAGGCUGGACCCCUACCCAACCCAGGCUCUGGGGAGGAAACAUAUUCAGGGCUGUGGCAGCCUGCUGUGCAAGACAUUUUUUUUCAAGGAAAUACAACAUGGAAUGUAUUAUUAUAGAAA